UCUUGCUUCUGUUGAGGGAACGAAAUAAAAUGGCAAGCCUCGCAGAACAAAUUGCUCAGCUUGCAAACCCUGCUCCUAGUUUCAAAGAUCCCGAAGAUGACAUAGAUGACGAUACGUCUGCAAAGGUGGUAAAUUCAUAUGUACCAUCAGAUUUAUGUGAAACAAAUGAGACCAGUCUUCUUAGGAAGAAGGUGACCCCAUUGCUGUCAGAUACAGAUGUAAGAUAUGCUGGUAGGAGUGUGUCGAGGAAGAAUCUACUAGGUGCUAGCACAGAAUCAGAUAAUGAAGAAGAAUUUUUAAGUGAAGAAGAAGGCAGCUUGGAAAGUAGUGAUGAAGACAGAGAAGACAGCGACCUAGAAGACAUUGAUCUGGAGACUUUCAAAAACAAACUCACAGAUAAAACUGCAGGGAAAAGGCAGAUAAAUGGAAAUACAGAACACUCAGAUGAUUAUGAAGAUGGAAGUGAUGCUAUGAGUGAUGAUGAUGAUGAUGACGAUGAUGUUGAAGGUGAAGAAACUGAGGAGGAUGAACUUUUGAAGGAUCAGUCUGCAAACCAACAGGAGGAUGAUAUUGAGGAAGAAAAGGGGGAUGUUCAGAGUUUAUUCAAGUCUGAUGUAGCAGAGGAAAAGGAAAAGGGCUUGGCAACAAGAGCUCAACUAACAAUGUGGGACAGCUUACUAGAAGGCAGGAUCAAACUUCAGAAAGCACUGAUAUUAGCCAAUCAGCUUCCUCAACCUAAUACUUGGCCAGCUUUUAGCAAAGAGGAAAAUUAUUUGGAAGCCACAACAGAAGUGGAAUCAGUAUUAUCUCAGUUGGAAAAUGCUCUUGCUGAACUGCAAACAUUGCUAUUACAACAAAAUCCAGAAGUCAAGCACCUGGUUGACAAUGGCCAACAGAAACUACCAAACAGUGCACAGGAUUCUGAAGAUGAAGAAAUUACUAGUGAGUCUGAAUUUGAAGAUGAUGAAAAAAAUGCUAAAAAGACAUCAAAAUCUCCAGAUCUGUCACAUAAAAGGAAAAUUACAGUCGAUGAAUUUCCAGAAUUCCUAGCUAAAAGACACAAAGCUUUUCAUUUGUACAGGAAUAAUACAAUACAGAAGUGGAAUGACAAAACCAAAUUAGCAGCUGGGAAAGUGAGCAGUAAAUCUUUCAGUGCAUUUGACCAAUCUACACUGAAGCAAAUUGAACAGGUUCUUUCUGAUAGAGAGCGUCUAUUAAGGAGGACCCAGUUAAAAAGAUCAUCUUAUCGUGUUCUUGGAAAAGAAAAAGAAGAUGAAGAUAGAACUGAGGCACAUGAACAGUUACCAAACAGGGACCACUUGAAAGAUUAUGAUGAAGAAAUAUUUGACGAUGAUGACUUUUACCAUCAGCUGCUUAGAGAACUUAUAGAAAGAAAAACAAGUGAUUUAACAGAUCCAGUGGCCAUCACGAGGCAGUGGUUAGAAAUACAGAAACUGAGAAGUAAAUCAAAAAAGAAAGUUGAUACAAAAGCAAGUAAAGGACGAAAAAUAAGGUACAACAUUCUAAACAAGCUGGUAAAUUUUAUGGCUCCACAAGAUACCACAACUUGGACAGAUGAAUCUAAGGAUGAUCUUUACUCAUCGUUAUUUGGCAAGAGGUUUCAAGGGGUGGCAGAUAACCAGGCUAACAAAAGCUGACCAGAUUUGAAAAAGCAGCCAUGCUGCAUCAAGUCUUAACACCACAUUGUACGCAUUAGUCACCCAGAGUUCAUCAAAAAUUUAUUUUUCUUCAUCUAACCAACCUUUCCUGACACUCACAACUGUAACAAUCUGGGAGAAUUAAGUCUUUAACCCAUUCUCAAAUGUGAGGUUUGUCAAGACAGUGAGCAGGUAGCAACUGAUAAUUCAGGUUGUUGACAUCAAUUAAUGACAUUCCGCUAUUCAAAAAUGAUCAACAAGCAUAAGUAAUACCGUGCCUUUGAUAAAUUCAACAAGAAUUGGUUUAUGUACUUGAAAGUAAAAAACGUUUAAAAUCUUCUGCUGUCUCAAGACGUUUUCAUUUUUUGAAAGUUCAUACCACUGCCAUUUUAUGAACUGUUUAAAAUAGUGCUAGGGAAAUGGGCUAUGCUGUAAAAAUGCACAACAGGUGUUUUGAAACUUGCCCAGGUAUUUUUUAAAAGAGUCAAACUGUAUUAUUGCCAAAAGA